GUAGAUGGAGAGUGUUGGGUCCAGGGUAUUUUAGGAAAGCCAAUGUCAUCUCACAAAAACUUGUGAAGAAAAAUAAUGGACAGAGGGAGUAUUAAGAAUUUUAUAUUAAGAAAUAAAAAUUUUAUAAAUGCAUUUAAUUAGUAAAUGUAUUGAAAAUAUAUUACUACAUACUUAGUAAAUGUAUUGGAAAAAUUUGUGAACAUAUUAAAAAUAUAAAAUGUUAUUGAAAAAUAUUACUUAACAGUGAUAAUACUGAUCUCUUCAAGAUCUCAUGUAAAGUAUGAAAAUUUAGUUAACCUUUUCAUGUUUGUGACUUUCAUGUUUCUUUUAUGUGCUUAUUGAUGAGUUUGCUCUUCUAUCUUUUUCCUGAGACUAUAUUGUUUACAAAAUCACAUGCAUUUCUCUUAUUGGCUCCUUUUAUUCUUUCACUACAAGCAAUUGUUAGUUUUGUAACAAUGCAGUUUCAACUUUGUACUGUGUUUUUCACUUCCUCUUUGGGCACAAGAACACAUUACUUUGGACGGACUAUUCUUCAUGGUGGAGCUAGGGUAUGUUUGCUAUUAAGCUCUAUAUGCACNCCAACAACAAGGAGUGCAGAUAUAUUACUCGUGGGAGGGGGAAGGAGCCCCGUUCAAUGAAUCUGACCAGAGUAUUACUCAUCAGAUUGUUGACCGGCCAACACAGGGAAGGGGAUUUCUUUCUCGUGAAUAUGUUCAGCCCCAGUGGGUUUUUGAUUGCAUAAAUGCUCGCAUCAUAUUGCCAACUGAGGAUUACUUUGUCGGAAGGGUUCCUCCCCCGCACUUGUCUCCUUUUGUGGACAAUGAGGCAAAGGGCUACGUCCCUGAAUAUGCUGAGACCAUGAAACGGCUACAGGCCGCUGCCAAAAAAGUAGUUCUCCCAAUGCCGGGUGUCGACAUUGAUGAUUUGGACUAUCCAAAGAAUCUACUAGUUGAUGGUAUUGCUGACCGUGCAGAAGCCAUUGAAGCUGCUCAAAAAAAGCAAAAGAUGUCUGCACUAGAGAAACAGUUUCAUGAAGAAUUAAAAAGAGAGCUUCAAGAUUCUCAACCUUCAACAAUUUCAACUGAGGAAAAGGCAGUUUCGGAGGAUAAUAAUGCCAAUCACGAACCAGUUCUUGAUUUGGAACAAUUUGCUAAGGAUGAUGAUAACAUGAUUAAGAUGGGGAUGACACGCAAGAAGAGGAAAAUCUUGGAGGCUGCAGAGAUUGGCAAGAAACGGCGCAAGGAUAAAGUUGCUCUUUUGGAAGAGGAAGAAAAAGCUCGAGAAUUCCAAGAAGUCAGGAGCCGUCUAAGCUGAAAAAUAUGAUGGAAUCUGAUGCAGCCAUGAUCGAGGAUCUGACUUAUAAUACUAUUCCAUUUGAAGUCACUACGACAACAAAUUUUAUUGUUACUU